AUGGAACAAACGGACCUAGCUCUAAAGCCAGCAGUAGACAUAGAGAGGGUGAGAUUGGCGGCACCCAGCACCUGCUGUAAGGUAACCAUCGCAACUGUACUCGUGGGUGGCUUUGUUCUCCUUUCCCUGGGCAUUCUAAUGGCUUAUUGCUCUGCACAAGAGCUCACCUUUGAGCACACCGUGGAACUGAGAGGAAUUGCAUAUGACAGCAGUUUACAAAGGGAGAACUCGGACUACUCCAGGACAUUGACUCCCACUCUGGAAAAGCUGUUUCUGACCAGCUUCCAAGGCUCUCCGCUGGAAGGGAGCUGUGUAGGCUGCGCUGUCCUGGCGUACAGGAAUGGGAACUCCAGUGUGAUUGUCCAUUUCCGGCUGCACUUCAGCCCUCAGGCUUCCUUGCCUUUAAGCUCCAGCGUGGAGGAAGAGGCCCUCAGACAUGGGUUGGCUGCAGCACUGAGGGAGCAGGGCAUCCCGCUGGCCACCUAUGGGACCAUCGCCUCGGCCUCUCUCACAGGGCCAAGCGGGGCAUCUCUGUAUGGAAUCGGAUUGAAAUCAGGCAGUUGCCAUGGAAAUGUAUUUGCUUGUCAGAAUAGCCAAUGUGUGUGGAAAGAGAAUCCUGAGUGUGACGGCCGAGCCGACUGCUCCGAUGGCUCUGAUGAGGCAGGCUGCGCAUAG